CAAAUCUAAAGUGGACAAAAAGGAACAUUUUGCUCAAUUCUCCCUAAAACCUCAAUUCUCCGCACUACAGAGACCAGAUUCAAAACUAAGAUGUGAACUUUUAAACUUGUCAGAACAUGAAGCAUUUAUCUUCCUUCUACUACUGCUGUCGAUUCUAAGCUAGCACUGGUAGCACUGCAGCCCCGACUCCUUCUAUCUCUUUCCAUCCAAACAGCUCGUGCACAGAGGUAUAGCCCGAGGCCGAGUGAGACGGCACCUCAUCAUGUCACAUUCCUGCCCAACGGCAAAACUCACACUAUAACAUUUUCUUUACUUUAGCCUCUCUGUUUCUUGUCUGUAUUUGGUCGAUGGAUUCUUACCGUUAAAGCCACGUCUGUUCUCGGAGUUCACUACAGAGAGGAGCCACCUUUUAAUAUAACGUGCUUCUGGCUUUCACGGUCAGUUGAGCAUUCUUUUACGAUUUGCUCGGGGGGGAAAAAAAGGAGAAAAGCUUCAAAGUUCAGGUUGCUCAAGGUGUGUUGCAGCCUCGCCUCAUGUUGUCAGAGUGCACGUGAGUGUGUGUGUGUCUGUGUGUGCAGAUGUGACUCCAGCAGGGAAGUAUGUGUGAGGUUUCACUGAUCUCCCCGCUCAGCAGAGACAUGCCUGAGUCGCUGUCAGGCAGGAAGAGAGAGGGAGGCCACAGUUAGUCAGAAACAGUCGUGUGAGGAAACCAUGUGAGUCACAUUGAUGUUUCCUCUCUAAUCUCUCUGCUCUGACUGGACUUCACAUUCAGCAUUUAGAGGAUUAAUAUGAAAUCUAUCUCUGUGUCGGCUCAUGAAGCCAUGGUAAUAACCGUCAUCCUCUUGCGGUGAGCUGCCUGGUGGACAGACGGAGGCGUCAUGGCCGAGCUGCCUAUUGCCCCCGGUGAGGUCUACAUCGAGGUGGAGUAUGACUACGAGUACAAGUCCAAGGACCGCCUCAUCAACAUCCGGCAGGGGGACUGCUACAUGCUGGUCAAGAAGACCAAUGAGGACUGGUGGCAGGUGAAAAAAGAGGAGGGGACUAAAGCUUUUUAUGUACCGGCUCAGUACGUCCGGGAGGUCCGCAAAGCUCUCAUGCCGCCUCUCAAACCCGUCCCCCAUCCUCCUGCCGCCAGCGGCCACACCCCCCCUCAGGUUAGGGGGGUCCUCUGGGUCAGGCCGACCAACCUGGAGCUGGGACUCCAGGAUCAUCCUGCGGAGAACCUUCAGAGACACGAGUCCGCCUCUCACCCUCGGCGCUCGCCAAGGGUGAGUCCCCCCAGCCAGCGCAGGCACAGCUCCCACCGCCACGCCCCCACCUCCCCCACCACCCCCACAGACCACGACCGAGCUCUGCACGACGUCCUUGUCCACGGUGGAGGUCACAAGCCCAGAGGGAGCUCCAGCACUCUGCCACGUUCGCGAGCUCGAUCCCCAGAUAUGCCCAGGGACGUUGACGGCACCCAACCCUUUGACUCCGCAGAGGAAGAGAGACGCACAAACGACUCCGAGUCUGGAGAAGAACUGAGCAGCUCCUCCACUGAACAUCUCCAGACGGUGUCUUCAGGCCAAGGCCGCUCCGAGUCGCCUGUCUACACCAACCUCCAGGAGCUGAAGAUCACUCAGACCAGCCUGCCCCCUCUGCCCACGGGCUCCCCCAUCCACUCUCUGGGCAACUGGGAGACCCACAAGGACCAGAAUGGCCGACACUUCUACUACCACCGCGGCACCAAGGAGACGACCUGGAAACCUCCACGAGCCAGGGACGCCAGCAGCGGGAACUCCGGAGGAGACAACCACAGCGCAGGAGAGAGCUCCGAGACGACUCCUCUGUCGCUCUCGCCGUCUUUCCUUCCGUUCCUCUCGCUCUCCAUCGGUCGACUUCAGCCUCUGUCGUCGGAGGACACCUGCUUCAGUUCCUACUCUAGCCAAUCAGACAGUCAGUACGGCUCGCCGCCGCGUGGUUGGUCGGAGGAGAUGGACGAGUACGGCCACCGGCUGUACGUGAGCGACCAUACAAACGAGAAGUGGUUGAAACACGUUGAUGAGCAGGGUCGACCUUAUUACUACAGUGCAGACGGCUCCAGGUCAGAGUGGCAGCUGCCAAAGUACAACCUCUCUCCUCCUCAGCCGUCAGGAGAUGCUCCUAAAAGCCGCAGCCUGGACCGGAGGAACAUGGAGCCCAUCGUCCUGACCAAGUGGAGACACAGCGCCUACGUCCAGGAGCCCAACGACAAGCGGCUGUUAAAAACCAGACGUUUCCGGGCAGUGUCCGCCCGUCUUCACCUUCACCCGUACAAACCCAAAGACGCUCCUCUGGGCCCCGCGCCCCCCUCUCCUGAUUCUGACUCCUGCCCUUCGUCUCCCAAGUCCCCCAGCUCUCCGUCUGAAAAGUGUGGCGUCCUGAAUGUGACCAAGAUCACUGAGUUUGGCAAGAAAGUACGGAAGAGCUGGACGUCCUCCUGGACGGUGCUGCAAGGACACACGCUGCUGUUCGCCAAAGAGAAAGGAGGUGGAAGCAGUUGGUUUGGAGGCAGUCAAACCAAACCUGAGUUCACUGUCGACCUGAGGGGCGGCUCGGUGGAAUGGGCGUCCAAGGACAAAUCCAGCAAGAAGCACGUAGUAGAGCUGAAGACUCGGCACGGCACGGAUCUGCUGAUCCAGUGGGACACUGACACCAUCAUCAAUGACUGGUACCGAGUGCUGCAGGAGACCAUCAUCACCCAUGCCUGGGAGUCUGAUGAGGCCAUUGAAGAGGACUUGCCCGAAUCUCCUGGUUUUGAGACGGGAGACAAAGAACAGAGAGACUCGAAGAAAGGCAGAGCCAUGAAGAACUCCUCCAGCGUGGACACCAACGACAACAAGAAGACCAGACACAAGCUGAAGAAGUUCCUCACGCGGCGUCCCACCCUGCAGUCCGUCAGAGACAAGGGAUACAUCGAAGAUCAGGUGUUCGGCUGCAGUUUGUCCAGUUUGUGUCACAGGGAGAACGGCACGGUGCCGAGCUUCGUGACGACGUGCAUCGACCACGUGGAGACCAGUGGUCUGUGUGUGGACGGGAUCUACAGAGUCAGUGGAAACCUGGCUGUCAUACAGAAACUACGCUUUGCUGUCAAUCACGAUGAGAAGGUGAACCUGGCCGACGGGAAGUGGGAGGAUAUCCAUGUGACCACUGGAGCUUUGAAGAUGUACUUCAGAGAGCUGCCGGAGCCGCUCUUCACCUACUCGCUCUUCCAUGACUUUGUCAGCUCCAUCAAGAUUUCAGACUACAAGCAGAGAGUUCACUCCAUCAAAGAUCUGGUCCGACAGCUGCCAAAGCCGAACCAGGACACCAUGCAGGUCCUCUUCAAGCACCUCAGGACGGUGAUCGACCACGGUGAGGAGAACCGAAUGACGACCCAGAGCGUGGCCAUCGUGUUCGGCCCCACGCUGCUGCGCCCCGAGACCGAGACCUGGAACAUGGCGGUCCACAUGGUCUACCAGAACCAGAUCGUGGAGCUGAUACUGCUGGAGUAUGAGAACAUUUUUGGACGGUAGACGGAAGAAGCCAGAGGACAAAUCCUAUGUGGACAUUUGUGUCUCCCCCAAACGCAGAGCUCUUCCUCACCCGGCCCGGGGGGGAGGGGGGGGGGGUCAGCUGUUUAAUCUUCAUCUCAAACCAACCUGCGCUCACUGGCUUCUCCCAACUUCCACAAAGACUAACUCUGGACCAAAGCCAACGUCUCCUGAACCAAAAUUCAAGAUGUAACUAACUAGCGACCAAAAAAAAAAAGGUUUUGCACUUUUUUUUUUCCAAGUAGCUCGUUUUCUCCUGUAGCUGCAGAGGUCACGACCUCUUGUCCCGACACUGGAUUCUGAAACGCUCCUCCACUACUGCACCGGCCGACUGAGCAUCAACAUGACGCUGUUUGUAAAACUCGUGUAUUGACCCAUCGCUCCCGAGGGAAACGACAGAACAAACCAACCUGCUGUUCAUCCUCUGCUUCACUUUCAACGUUUUAACACUAAGAGGUGAAAGAAGUCGGAGCUCGACCGAGGAGAAGAAGGGAUAUGAGGGCUUUUUUUUUACUUUUUACUUUAAUGAACACUUUUGCUUCUUUCUGUAUUGAUCUCGUUCUUUUUUUUUUAUUUUAAAAUGCUCCGUUCUCCUCCCUCCUCCUCGUUCUCCCCCUGUUCCUGGACCGGGGUCCUCAGAACACACAGGAGGUUCUCGCCGCUCUCUGUAUUAUAUCUGCACGCCGCCUUCAACAUUCGGCUUCUAGAACAAAUCAUCAACUUGAAAACAAAACAGCGGAACUCAGCUGUUGCUUUCCUCGACCAUGGAUACAUUUGUACAGUGUAUAUGUGUGUGCAUGUGGGGGGGGGGGGGAUGUAUGAAUGGAUUCACUGAUGAUAUAUUGUAUAAAAUAGUAAAUAUAAGUACAUUUGCCGGGAGUGUUAAGAAUAAGAGAAGAGGGAGAAAUCACUAAUGGACGUGUAGAGAGACGUGAUGAAGGGGAAGUGGAGGUUUACCUGUGAAUCAGGUCGAUGGAAGAUUGUGAAUGUAACUUUGCAAAGAAACAUGAUGUUGGCUUUAUCAAACUGGAAUAAAGACCUGGAACAAGA